AUCCUUUCUCUCAUUCCGGUUGAAGGAGCAAGGGAGUCCGUAACCAAAAUUCGGGUAUAUUGAGUUUCGAGUGUGUAAAUAUACCAUUUGCGAAUUAAAUUUUAUUUUGGAAUAUUUUUGAUUAAACAUGCCAUUGGUAAUAGUUACUGGUUUACCAUCUAGUGGUAAAUCAACCCGUGCAGAACAAAUAAAACAUUGUUUGGAAAAUCGUGGGAAAACGGUCAACAUCGUGUCUGAGGAAAAUUGUAUUCAACUAGCCGGAUUCGAGAAAAAUGACAUGUUCCGAGACUCCCAAAAGGAAAAAAUGGUACGAUCUAAUAUGAAAUCUGAAGCGUUGCGGCUUUUGAACAAGAACGAUGUUGUCGUGAUUGACGGCAGUAACUACAUUAAGGGAUAUCGAUACGAAAUAUUCUGUGCAAGCAAAGCUUCCCGAACUACUCAGUGUACUGUUUAUUGUGCCAUUACAAAAGACCAGGCCUGGGCAUUUAACGAAACGGAUAACAAAAAUCGAAAAGCAUAUGAAAAAGACGUGUUUGAUGCUCUAUGUUUACGUUACGAAGAACCUCAACACAACAACCGCUGGGAUAGCCCUUUGUUCACUUGGUUUCCCGAGGAGGAACUCGAUGAGGAAAACUUAUUCAACGCACUCUACACUACGAAAUCUCUUGUACCAAAUUUAUCAACGCAGAACCCUCCUCUUAGUUCUACAAAUUUUCUGUUUGAGAUGGAUAAAAUAACCCAAGAAAUCAUCGAUCAAGUACUGUCAGCCCGAAAGUUAGGCCUCGUCGGAUCGGUGAAGGUGAAAACAGCCAAUUCCAGCAAACAGAUGCUUGAAGUAGACGUUCCAGCAGACAUGAAUGCUGCUCAACUCAACCGCAUUCGGCGACAAUUCUUGAAUUAUAUGAAGCUCCACACCACGCCCGGAUCGACAAUUGACAAAAUCCCUUCAAUGUUUGUACAGUUUCUUAACUCAAACUGUGAUCGGUAGUUAAAUAAAGGAAGAGUAUUGAUGAAUGUUCAAAGAGAGAAAAGUAUGGGCUUGUACGUGGCACAGCCUAGCUUUGAAAAGGUUUUUGACAAACUAAAAAUAUGCUUUUGUACUCGCUUUGGUGCAUCGAUGCCGGAUUUUGAGCAUAUUUGGUUGGGACAUCAGUUUUGUUUUUCUGAAAUAGACACAUAUGAAAUUA